AUUAACGAAGGAAUAAAAAAAAGAAAAAUUACGACGAAUUCGAAAAGAAAGGAUUGUUUAAGUUCACGAUACUCACGUGAUCCACAUCAGGGAUGUAUCCAGAGGAACGGGAGCUUGACUUUCGCGGUACCAGCAAAGUGAUAGAUUUGAACAAACGUACGUUAAAUUGCGCGGGAAUUUGGCCAGAAAGGAUUCACGAGCCGGUUUUCAUUUUUUUCUCCGUUUACUUGGCCGUACAUUGUACAAUGGGAGUCGUCUCGAUUACCGAUAACAUGUCGGACAUGGAAUAUAUUAUCGGUUGCAUAGAAGAGAACAUGUUCAAUUUUAUGACUCUAUUGAAGAUAUGCAUAUGCAGAAUGAAAAGCAAUUCUCUGGCCGAAUUUUUAAAGGAGAUCAAAGUCGAUCUUAUUCCAGGAAGAUACAAAACCGACGAGGAAAAGAUUGCUUUUUUAAAUUAUAACAAUUUUAGUCUAAAGUUCGUUAAGAUCACUAUAGUAUCAUGCGUCACAGCCGCUACGCUUUAUUAUCUGUCCGUUUUAGCUACCAACAUUGAAAUGGUCGUUGCAAAUUCAUCUUACGGUUACGUAUUGCCAUACAAAAGUCGUCCGCUGAUCGAACCGACAAAUCUGAUAAUCUACGUUUUUCUUUGUCUAUAUCAAUUUUUAAUAGUACUAAUUAUAAUCUUCGGUUACGUCGGAACAGAUUGUCUAUUAAUCAGUUUGGUACUCCACGUCAGCGGUGUUUUCUCUGCACUUUCCUGCAAAGUAAAACACGUUUUGGACAAACCGGAGAAUCGCAGACGUCGAAUAAAGAAAUUAAUUUUGAAACAUAUGCGUCUAGUACGAUUAGCUGAAUCUUUGGAAAGUGAUUUCAACAUACUGAUUUUACAACAAUUAUUGGGAAGUACAAUUCAUCUUUGUCUUCUCGGUUACGAUGGUCUCGUUAGUACAUCAGCAGGCCAGGAAGCAAAGUUAAUUGCUUUUGGCAUAACCGCAGGUUGUGUUUUAAGCACGCUAUUGGCUUAUUGCUAUAUCGGAGAGUGUCUUAUUAAUGAAAGUACAUCCUUUGGUGAAUCAAUUUAUCACUGCAAAUGGUACAACAUAUCACAAGAGGAGAUUAAAUUAAUGCACAUUUGUAUGAUGCGAUCGUCAAAACAAAUGCAACUGACCGUCGGCAAAUUCUUCGCGUUGUCGUUGACUACAUUCACAGAUGUUAUCAAGACAUCAAUGGCGUAUUUAUCUGUACUUCGAACGUUUAUGUAAAAAGAACGAAAACAAAAAAAUACUACAGAGGAAAGAAGAAGAAACUGACUGUUAUUUAUCUAAAUGGUAGUAUUAAAAAUAUGUUAUUUUAACUUCUUUACAAUAUCGUAAUCUCGUGUACUGUGCGUCCGUGAUUGCGAUAAAAAAAACAAACUGAAGGUUGUAGCGAAAAAAAGAGAAAUCGAAAGAACAAAGAUAAGAGAAAGAAAAAGAAUGAGAU